UGAUGAGUAAGUUGUAAUUAUUGCUUAGUGAUGGUGAUUACAAUAUAUAACAUAUUGAAACCAAAGUGUGGCAUUGCAGGUGGUUUGGACAACAGCCGAGAUAACCGUGAGACUCGUAGUGAACUCAACAAGAAUCUUCACUCUGAAUCUCCCUUCUCUAGAUCUUCUUUCUCCAAUAGGAAAGAAGAGUCGAUCAUGUCUGAACUCGGCAAGCGAAACGGAAUGGACCUUGAUCACUUUCUAGAAAAGAAUUCUGAGCUAGGAUUAAUAAUGAAACAACAACAGGCAGCACAACAAGCAAAGCAAGCUCAACAGCAACUUCAACAAAAAUUACAGCAACAGCUUGCUCAAGAAGCACAGCAACACCAACAACAAAUGCAACAGCAGCAGCAACAGCAACAGCAGCAGCAGCAGCAACAAACUCAGCAGCAGCAGUCCUUACAACAGCAGCAAUCUCAUCAAAUCCAACACCAAGAGCAACAAUUACAACAGCAACACCAAAUGCAACAUCUUCAGGACCAACAAAACCACCAAAAGCAUCAGCAACUCCUACAACAACAGCAGCAAUCCCACUCUCAACAACAACAAAUACAUCAGCAAGAUCAACAUAUGUUAUUACAACAAACACAGCAAAAACAACAGAUCAAUACUCAAAAUCCUUCUCAACAACUAAAUUCCAAUCUACACCAACAAAGCAAUCAGCAAACGAACCACCAGCAGCAAAAUUCUCAUAUACAGCAACAGACCUUAGAUAACCUUACAAAUUAUCAUAGCAAAAGCCAAAUGGACCAUGUUUCUAGCUUACAACAAGAACGGCAACAAUGGGAUCGAUUAAACAGUCAUUCUUUUGCGUCUAAUAAGGAGUAUGGUCAAGAUCAUUUAUAUCACCAAAAACUGCAACAGGAGAGAAUGCAGGAGCAAGAAUAUUCAAUAGAGCAAAAGCAAUUUUUACAAAGAUCCCAUGAAUUUUCGAACAACCCAUUUCAUCGUGGGAAACCUAAGCUUCAUGAGUUUCAGGGUGACUACUUAGAUGAUCUAGGGAGCAAGCUAAAUCCACUGAACUUCCAAAAGAACCAACAACAACAGCAGCAGCAGCAUCAACAACAACAACAACAACAAGGCAAUGCAUCCCAGAACAAACCAGCUGCAGGAACCAUCAGCGGGAUGUUGGCUGACUUCAGUCGAGCAUUGGGUUUGGGAGGAAAUUCACCAUCAAGACCGUCACCUACGGAGGAACGAUUAGAUUCUGAUCAGAAUCAACAAGGGUCAUCACAGCAAUACUCUCAAGAUUAUCAAUUCAACAAAGAUGCACAAUUACAACUCCAACAACAACCUCUCAGGCCUACCGACCAAUUCUAUAAAUCUAAUCUCCAACAAGGGACUCAGUUACAGCACACAAACCAAGUUCUGGACUUCCAAACAAAUCAGCAAUAUCCUCUCCCAGGACAGCAAAUGCAAUCUCUUCAACAGCAGCAAUACCUUAGAAUGCAGCAACACCUACCUCUAGACCAGCAGCAACAGGCACAGCAGCAGACAAUACAGCAACAACAAUUUCAACAACAUCAACUUAUACAACAAGAACAACAGCUUCAACAACAACAAAAGAACCAACAACAAUUGCAACAGCAGCAACAACAACAGCAACAACAUCUUCAUUUGUUAGUACAACAGCAGCAACAAUUACUUAUGCAGCAGCAAAGACAUAAACAACAUCUUGACCAGACUGAUGGUGCUCUUCAACAAACUCAGUUUGGUUUGCAAAAAAUACAACAAGAAUAUCAUCCGAUUUUCGCUCAAAAUCUCACUCCUCAACAGCAGCAAAUGUACCAACAGCACAUGCAACUUCAACACCAUGCACAACACCUAAAGAAAAUUAGAAGAUCUCUUCCUAACUCCUCUUCAACCAUGGACCCAACGCUUCAGCAAGGGCAGUUACAAAAACAGAAAGAAGUCAAUGUAAAUAUAUUGGGUGGUGGAAGUACGUUGGGAGCUAGCAUAGGUCUGCAGCAGAUGGGUGCAGCGGCAGCACAAUACGGGGUUCCUAUACAGUUGUUGGGCAACCAGCUGAUGGCCAGCAGUUUACUAAGCGCGGAUUCAAUGAAACUGGGCAACCAAAACCGCCUGAGCACUACAUCAAGCCAACCCAUCAUGCCCAGUAGCAUAAUGGCCGCCGGACUGGUGCAUUCGUCUAUUCCAGGAGGAACACCAAUAGCCACUCCCCAGAGCACACCGGUGGGCACUCCUAGAGGCCCCCGAGACACUGGGGGAGACUCGUCUGACACCCUGAGUGAAACUGACUCUCAGAAGUCUUUACGUAUGAGGAGGAAACUACCCGCCAUCCCUCCAGACCAAGAGGCAGCUCCACUCCCUACUAGCAAGAAAAGAGACCGUAAUAAGAAUGCGAAAGCAGCUCAAGAUCGCUUCAGGACAUACUCACCUUUGAGACAAUACACAUCUGACAGCGGCUACCCUAUAGGUUUGUCCAACCUCAUGCUACAGAGGCCUAGUGCCAGCGAAACCAACCUGCGCAAGGUCUCCAUGGGUGUGGACGCGGUUCCUCGUCCGGGCUCCGCAUUAGGAUUACUGCAAGCAUCGAGUGUAGUAAGCAGUUCUGGAGUCCGAAUACCAACCGACUACACUCGAGAUUUUGAUAGAGGAAACCCCCCUUUGGCUGAUUUGGUCUCCUGCCUACCUCCAGACCUCAGGCAUCUCCUUGGCUCGUACAAGUCCUCUGACACCACAUCCUAUAGUAAACAGCUGCCAGUGACGCGUGCACUGCAGGAUGAACUGAAGUUGUCCGCCGCUGAUCGAAGACUACUUGGUCACCUACCUUCUCUAGACCGGGACGAUCGACUCUUAUUAGACCGCAGCAAGGAUGCUCUCAGAAACCAAAAAAACAGGUUAGAACUUCAACGGAAGAUGGUCUACUCUGGCCUAGGAAGAUCCCGUAAAAUUCGGACACAUCGAAGACAGCUUUCUGACCCUAAAAUUCAUUUAGACAUUCAUCCUGGGAAAGAGGAUAGCAGCUUAGAAAACGAAUAUGGAAGAGGUUAUUUAGGAUUCACUCACCCCUCUCUAAGACCACCUUACAAAUCGUAUGAGUAUGAAUCGAUAGACGAUGGGAAGCGAGCGGAGUGGGACCCGUCCCAGUCAUACCUAGCAUCAUCGUACGCAGUAGCGGGAGGUGCUCUGAGAGAGACAGCUAUAAACAGUGUGCUCGACAACGGUCAUCACUUCACAGACCACAACAGGUACGAUGUACGUCGCUACAGUGAUGGACUGGAUAUGCGCCGGCGAGAUGUGAAUAAGGCGUUACGUAAACCCCGCUCUUGGCAGCCUUCCCCCUACGGCAGUGAUGAAGAUGAUGACCAGCUGACAAGAGAGGAAAAGAAAGCAAAAAUCAAAGCUGAGAUAGCACGACGCCGUCAACAGAUAGAGGAAAAUGCACGGUUGCACGAGGAGUUGCUGAGGUUGGCACGACUCCGGGAGAGUGCAGAGCUGGGAUUCACACCUGGUGGCCACUCAGGAGGUGGUUAUGCUAUCUCCAGUGUCCUAAAGUCCAUCGAUGACCUGCUGCUCUCAGGCCGUGCUAAAGGCGACGAAUUGUAUGAUACUCGUAACAGGUUGUCACGACGCACUCCUGAAGAUAGAUCCAUGGAUCGCAUCGCUUCCACAUUCCGAACUGACGACUAUACUUGUGGUGUGUAUGAACGCUUAACCGACUUCUCUCCCCUCACUGACUUCAGUACCCCCCAUGCCAUGCCACUUCUUCCAGAUAUGCCCACACGCUCCCGUAAACUCCUUGAGGAUUUGGGCAGCUCCCCCAUUACUGACUCUGUACGAACUCUUCCUCAAAAAGGUAAUCUUUUAUUCAUCUUUAGAAACAUAAAGAAAUUAUUCAUGCAUUUUUAGAACAUUGCAUGGUAAGGUAAAUAAGCUUACACUUGAAUCACAAUACUUCAGGUGAUGUCCUUUAUCUGAAUUUCUUCUUCACCACCCAGUUUUGCUUGUCUAAUUAUUUUAUCACUUGAUUAAGGGUUUACUGAACCUUUUAGUUCUUGCACAUAUUU